CGAACUGGCCAUGCUCGAGCAGAAAAUUCGCGGCUAAAGUCUGGCUGCUGAGGAGGAGUUGGUUUCACUGUUUGUGAAGGUACAUUGACUCUGUCCACUGCUGAAAUGGCCUCUUCCUGCGGAGAUAUUCUGGUUAAGGAGAUUGACAAACGUGCGUCUGGCCAGGCGUUCGAGGUGAUCCUAGGAGCUCCAGCUCCAGACGCCAAGGGAGAGUUCCCCCUUUCUCCCCCCAAGAAGAAGGACCUGUCUCUGGAGGAGAUCCAGAGGAAACUAGAGGCUGCAGAAGAGAGGAGGAAGUCCCAUGAAGCGGAGGUUCUGAAACACCUCGCUGAGAAGCGGGAGCAUGAGAAGGAGGUGCAAAGGAAAGCCAUGGAGGAGAACAACAACUUCAGCAAAAUAGCUGAGGAGAAGCUUAACCAGAAGAUGGAGGCUAACAAAGAAAACAAGGAGGCCCUUCAGGCAGCCAUGAGUGAGAAGUUCAAGGAGAAGGAACACAACGACAACAGCCACCCUCGAUGCAGCAUUACCCAUGCAGAGCAAGUGGAACAACUACUCCAAGUCUCAGAGCGUGUGAGGUUUGAAACUCUAUUAGCGCUCGCUAACUAGCUAGCCAUUUCACUUCGGUUACACCAGCCUCAUCUCGGGAGUUGAUAGGCUUGAAGUCAUAAACAGCGCAGUGCUUGACGCAAAACAAAGAACUGCUGGCAAAACGCAUGAAUGUGCUGUUUGAAUGAUUGUUUACGCGCCUGCUUCUGCCUACCACCGCUCAGUCAGAUACUUAGAUGCUUGUAUGCUCAGUCAGAUUAUAUGCAACGCAGGACACGCUAGAUAAUAUCUAGUAAUAUCAUCAACCAUGUGUAGUUAAGUAGUGCUUAUGAUUGAUUUGUUAUUUAUAAGUUUAAUGCUAGCUAGCAACUUACCUUGGCUUACUGCAUUUGCCUAACAGGCCGUCUCUAUGUGGAGUGCAAUGAGAGAGGCAGGUCGUUAUUGCGUUGGACUAGUUAACUGUAAGGGUGCAAAAUACCGAUAUCCUAUUGUUAUGAAAACUUGAAAUCGGCCCUAAUUAAUCGGCCAGUCCGAUUAAUCGGUCGACCUCUAGUCAUAGUGCUUAUCCUAGAGGAAUCAGGCCCUGAGGGGUGGCCAGUCCUCCCUCUUCUGCCUGUGCCUUGUGGAGAUUAUAAGAGUACAUGGCCAUUAAGGCCUGACUGUACCAUCUGGUAGUGGCUGUCUUGACUGCAUCAAAUUGUUAUAAAAAGCUAACAAGCUAAAGUAACAAGAAUAAUUAAGGCCAUUUUGCUGUGCUCUCCGUCCAAUGUCUACAACUCCAGUAGUUGAAUACCAACAUCAUUUGGCUAUUCGAAUAACCAUUCCUAAAGGAGACCACUCCAGUGGGUGUAUCCAACGCCUUGAUCACGUAUCUCUGCAAAUUAGUUCAGUUGGUUUGGAUCAAAUUAAACUUUUUUGCCACGUGCGCCGACUACGACAAGUGUAGACUUUACCGUGAAAUGCUUACUUACAAGCCCUUAACCAACUGCAGUUCAAGAAGAAAGUAUUUACCAAGUAGGCUAAAAUAAAAGUAACACUAAGAAUAACUAGGAUAUGUGUGUGUGUGUGGCCACUGGUACCUAGUCAGUGUGCAGGGAUACAGACUAGUUUGAGGUAAUUUGUACAUGAAUUUGGGAGACUUGCAGGAAAAAGUGAAGUGUUUUAUGAUCAUUGUUUUUAAUUGACUUCACAUCAAUGGUCAACAUGCUGGUCAAGCUUGUGACAAAUUGGCAAAGGAAUGUAUGCAUGUAUUGUCUGUUAAGAAUUUCACUUUUGAAAGAUGUCACUUCUCUUU